GCCACGCCCCUCGCGACUUUCUGCUGGUCAUGGCGGCGCGGCUGUGUGCACGGCACCUCCCUCCGGUGUGGCUCUGCAGGCGAGCGGCGCAGGGCCAAGGCCGGCACUACCGCGCCGCACUCUGCGCCGAGUUGAAGCAUCCCCUGAUCACUGAAGAGGUGGCCUCCCGCCCUGUCGGGCCACAAGAGGUCAGAGUUGAUGUUCACUUCUGUGGCAUUAACUUUGCCGAUAUUCUGGUCUGUCGUGGUCAGUAUCAGGAAAAACCCUCUCUUCCCUUUAUACCUGGAAUAGAGUUUUCUGGGGCUGUCCUGGAGACAGGAACAGAUGUCACCACUGUGAAAAAGGGAGAUCGAGUUAUUGGAGUGAGUAACUUCAGUGCUAUGGCUGAAGAGUGUAUCACCGACCAGAAGACCCUGUGGCGGAUUCCAGAAAACGUCUCUCUACAAGAUGCUGCAGUCCUACCCGUAUCUUAUGGCACAGCUAUUUUGGCUCUAGAGCAUCGGGCCCGCACCCAGCCUGGAGAGACUGUUUUAGUGACAGCAGCCGCUGGAGCCACAGGCCUUGCAGUGAUAGAUGUGGCGACAAACGUUCUCCGGGCCAAGGUCAUAGCUGCAGCUGGCAGCGACGAGAAGUGCAAGCUGGCGAUGCAGAGGGGUGCACAGUCCAGCGUGAACUACAGCCAGGACAGCCUGAAGGAUGCCGUGAAGAGGCUGGUGGGCAGCGGUGGGGUGAAUGUGGCCAUUGACAUGGUGGGAGGAGAUGUCUUCCUGCAGUCUCUCCGCAGCCUGGCAUGGGAAGGCAGGAUUGUGGUGUUGGGAUUCGCUGGAGGAAACAUCGCCUCUCUGCCCAGCAAUCUGCUGCUCCUGAAGAACAUCUCUGCCAUGGGCCUGUACUGGGGUCGCUACCAACACCAGGACUUUGCACUGUUUUCCAAGAGCAUGUCCUCAGCCCUGCAGUACUGCCAGCAAGGGCUCAUCCAGCCGCACACCGGCGCUGUGUUCGAACUGGAGAAGAUCAACGAUGCCUUCCAUCAUGUGAUGCAGCGCAAAUCCACGGGCAAGGUGCUCCUCUCCCUUAAGUGAAUCCUCACCCGGGCAGCAGACUCCCGAAUCUGAUCUCCCUCCUGCAUUUUAAAUGACUCUGUCUUCUUUACAGAACCAGGUGUCACAUCUUGGUGUCAGUUCCCUUUGGCUCUGCUUUCUUGUUGCUCAUAAUCAGUGUGAUCAUAGAGGUUCUUGCCCAAACUCUGCUCUUUCUGGGAGCAAAAGGUACAAUUAGUAAUUCUGCAAGGAGAACAUGUCUCAGGCAAGCCAAGAUGUAUGCUCACCAAAAUCAAAGUGUUUCAACUGCCAAGUCUGUUGUCUCCCCACCCCCGAGUUGUCCCCCAUGCCUCCACACCUCCUUUUCUAUUCUGAUUAUGUCCCAUCUGUUAUUUCCAGUGAUCGUCUACCUGGAUUUUCCUAUGACUAAACUCUCCCGUUCCCUUCAUCCAUGUCACACAUUAUUGCCAUGGUGUCUCCCUGAAUCAGCUCUGAUUGUGUCUCAGUGUCUCAGCAUUUCUGCACUGUGGAGCUCGGACCCCUUGAGCAGACACUGCACUGAGACUGACUUGUUCCUUCCCACUCUUUGCAGCAUUAGCUCCACAAUCCCCCAGUCCCUAAGAGUGCCUCUGCCGAUCCCCUCCCUGUGCUCUGUUCCUGUGGUUUCCUCUCCUCCACCUCUGCGGCCUUUCUGAUCUACAGGCCCGGCAUUUUGCAUCUGCCUUCAUUCUCAGGAAUGUGUGGCUGUCUUCUGCUGCUGCUGCCUUCCUGAUUCCUCCCCCAGAACUUGCCACAUUCGCCUUGAGUCAUAGGGACACAUGUGUAGUGGAAGGAACACAGGAUUCUGAAUCUAAGAUGUGGGUUUGAAUCCCAACCUCCCUGCUGUGGUGUGGUGACUCAAGUGAUUGGCAUUUUCCUUUUCUCACUAUAGAUCAAUAGUUCCCAACCUGUGGGUUGUGACCCCUUGGGGGUUGAAUGACCCUUUCAUAGGGGUCACAUAUCAGAUAUCCUGAAUAUCAGAUAUUUACAUUACAAUUCCUAACAGCAAUAAAUUUACAGUUAUGAAGUAGCAAUGAAAAUAAUUUUAUGGUGGGGAGUCACCACAACAUGAAGAACUGCAUUAAAGCCGUCUUUAAAGGCUCUCAGAUUAGGAAGGUUGAGAAACACUGCUGUAAAGUGACUGUUACAAUAUCUAUCUUUCAAAGUGGCUGUGGGCAGUACAUGAAGUAAUGGGGUAAAGCACCUAGUGAUGGUGAUCCGUUAGUGAAUGUUGGUUCUUUCCACUUUCUCUCUUUCCCAUACAACAAGUUACAAGCUCCUUGAGAGAUAGGGACCCUGUCUGAGUCCCCUAUUGACUUCUACCAUUCAAUUUAACUUAUCUAGAGUCUUAAAUUGUGCCAUUAUAUUAAGAAUAUGUUGC